UCCGCAUCCGCCCGUUUUGCUGCUGCGUCAUUCCCACUUCGCAGCCUUCAUCGCCCGCGACAUUGCCGCGAAUCGGAGCGUCGUCAUCGGGAAGGAACCAACACAGUGCCGUCAUACACUUCGUAUGCAGUGUUAAGUGGACUUUGCGCUGGCUGGAAUGAUCGCAGGGUGGAAUUUUAGGGUGAGGUGUGGUUUGAAGCUGAGAUGUCGUGAAGAGGAUUAGGGAUUGGAGGUUGCUUUUGAGUAGUGGGGGUUGUAUUUAGGGAGAGAAAGAGGGCGGAGGGAGGUGAGAGAAUCCUGGCAUCAUGUGGCACGAAGCGCGUCGUUCGGAGAAGAAGGUCCAUGAAAUAAUGGACGCGGCACGAAGGCGGGCGCAGAAGAGAGCUAUAUUCUUGGCGAAGAGGAGAGUGGAUCCGCAGCAGACGUUGCGAAUAGUCGGGACUCGGUGCCGACUGCACCAUGAUGCUACCAUUUAUCAGGCGACGGAGGAUCAGCAAGGAUUAAUUCCAUGGAAUGGGAAGGAGGACAACCUCAUCGAUCGUUUUGACGGGCGGGCGUUGCUGGAUGUCAUUCGGGAGUACAAUUCUUCAGCCUUCCAGCAUUUGCAGCGGGAGAAGACGGAAGAAGAAGACGAGCUUGAGGUGAUGGUCAAUUUUCAACGGUAUCGGGAUCUUAUUAAGCAGCGGCGUAGGGGCCUGAGCGAUAAGCAGGGUCUUGAUGAUGUGGAGCAGGAGCUGGAGGCAAGAUCCACGGCCUUGAUUGGAGGAGAUAAGCAGCGGCCGAUGGCAGCAGCGAAGCCCACGUAUGGACAGGUCGGGUUUGCGUACGAGGGAUCGGGCGGACCAGGGGCUGGAGCUUUGAAGGAGGAAGCUUUGCUUGCAGGGAUUGGGGAGAGCGACAGUGAUGAAGAAGCUGCGGAGGAAGAGGAAGGCAGCAGCAGUGAAGAUAGUGAGGACGAGUUGAUUGAGUCAAUUGGACAGGAUUAUGGAGUGCAAAGAUUCAAUUCCUUGCUCAGCCUUGAUCGGAAGUUGAAGGAGGAGGAAGGGCGGCAGAAAGAGUUAGUGAAAGGAGAUCCAACAAUGAGAAAGCUAAGCAGAAAGGAGCGUCGUAAAGUAUCUCAGCAAGAAAGAGAGAGGGAAAAACAGGCUGUAAGGCAGCUAAGUAAUCGACCUCUUCAGCAUGAUCCUUACAGGGAAUUGAGGAAAAGUCCUACGUAUGACUCUUAUCAAUCUUAUCAAAGAAGAGAUAGAGGAAGGUCUUCAUCACAUUCUCCCCUUAAUUCGAGGUCCAGACUGGAACAUCGUUAUCACGAUUCUGACUCAUAUGGCCGUGACCAUCACCGUAGGAAGCGGAAAAAUUCAUGUGGUACCACUUCCACGAUCGAGUAUAUUACCGAGUUUGGGGUUGAGGGAACUGCCAGUGAGCCGGUACGAAAUAUGGCUACCCCUGUAUCACCCCCGCUGCAUGAUCUGGAUGCUCCUCGUCAUACGCUCCCAUCAAGACGGAUUCUCGAAGCUUUACACAGUGACCCAGCAGCAAUUGCUGUUACGCCAUCGGUCUCGGGACUAUCUGCUACUGACUGGGAUGCGCGGCAAAGAGAACGGGAAUGGAAGGCCUCUGGUGUGUGUUCUUCCUCUGCACUUUCAAAGUUGAGUAAGGUCGCGACUCCUGGGUCAGCUACGCAGAAAACCUCUCAAUCAAAUGAAAAGUCUCAAGAAACUCCUCAAGAGCGUCUGAAACGAAUCAUGAAUAAGCAGCUAAGCAAGCAAAUUAAGAAGGAUAUAGUUUCAGAGGCAGGCAAGAGGAGAGAGCAGGAAAGGGAAAGACAAGAGAAGCUUGCUGAGACUCGCCGCAUAGCACAACGCAGUAGACGUGGUCGCAGCAGAAGUCGAAGUCUCUCUCCAGUCAGGUAUCGAUACAGAAGCAGAAGCAGAAGCAGAAGUCCCAUUCGGUCAUAUCCAAGAUCAUCGAGCGGUAGGAGUCGAAGCCGGAGCUAUGUAAGGAGUUGAGUUUAGUCGACAUGUGGAGUAGUGGGAUCGAGUACCUUUUGUUUUCUCUCGUUGUCCACACUGAACUCCCACAUGAACCACAUUGAGCGUAGCUGGAGUUUCGAGCCACGUGAAGUAUCUCCAUUCCUCUUUCAACAUGCUUGAAGUGGAGGAUGACUUCGUGGCUUCCAACUCAACCAUUUAUUCAGACAUUGUACAUAUGACUAUGAAUGUUCAUCAGGGGAAUACCCGCAUUGAACUAGCAUGACGCGCUUUAGCAAGCUGGCCUUGCUUUUCAGGCUCUAUUCAGGAAGCAAACAAAAGUUUGUGAGUCGAACCAAGCAUAAGUGUAUACCUAGUGCUGCUGCUGCUGCUGCUGCGCAUGGUUAAAUUUUUGAUCCGUAA